GAUUCGUGAAUUCAGUUCAUUUUGAUAUCCGUUUCCUGUCAUCUUACCAGCGAUAUCGAAUUCGAAAAAUCAUACAUCAUGCCCGCUCGUUCAAGCAUAUAUAUCGAAUUGUAUACUCCGGCGGCGGAGAAACAGGAAGCUAUCAGGAUGUCGCUACAUACUGGAGGACAUCGACAUGGGAAUGAUACGGGAUCGGUGUAUGGAUCGACUGUGAGCUCGAGUAGUAGUGCUUCUUGUGAUCGAAAUGGAAUGGAGAAUUCGAUGGAGAAAAUAGGGACGAGACAUGCUUCACCUCUAGAUCAGGGGAAGUCGGUGGAAAUCAAGGUUAGCGGGAGUGCGUGAAGCUCGAGCUGAGUUUUUGUUCUUGGAUCUUGGGGGUAUAUGGCGUUGGGGAUUUGGAACCACGGGUAUAAUGACUAGCGCUCGGGAUGUCGAAGCUCAAUCAGAUGCUCAGGGAAAUAGAUAUGGAAUGGAGAGAGGAAUUUGAUAUGUGGUAUGCAUGAGAGAUCCAAAGGAUCUCGAAUCAUCAACCGCGUGAAGAAAGGAUAUGAAACUCCACGAUGAUAUCAAACCAUGAACAUGGAACUUUCCACAAUCUUGCCGGCUUUGAGGUUGAUGUACAGCUGGAAAUCUUCUUCGAGGAGACGACGGACGGGGUGUAAAUACCGACUUCCAUUGUCUGAUAAUACAGAGCAAAGAGCUAGCUCAAACACACUGGGACGUUAGACAAAUCAAGCCAUUCAAUAAGGAUACACCGAGUACAGCCUCUCCCAAUUGACAAAUAUCAAUUUCAAGCUUAUGAAAAGACACCCAUCUUGACUAUCUGACUCCUAGCAGUCGUUCCGGUACCAAAUUAUCGAUGGUGAUCAAUUAACUGGAUAAUGUA